AUGGUAUUGGCAAUUUCUGUAGAUGGAGGCAGUACAGCAAUGUAUAAGGUAGUUAUAGGACAGAGGUAUUGGUGGAGUGAUACCGUGAUGGAAAUCAGAGUUGUAAUAGUAACAUCAGUAAGAAUUUUAGCGAGGUCGCGACAGUUGUUUGUGCAGCCCAGAGAUGACGCCUCAACCGGAACUUCUAAUGCAGAUUUCGGAGCUCAGGAGGCGGUGGUGAGCAUGAAGGGCACGCUGACGGAGGCCGUGGCGCGUCUCAGCUCGGUGGUGGAGGACCCGGCGAUGACCCGGGAGAGCUGGUGUUGUCGCUCAAGUCGGACAUCACGUCCUUGCAGAAGGAGGUGGUGUCAAUCAGCGACCGCCAGGAGACACUGCAGACUUCGGUGGCACAGCUGUUGGAAGAGCGCCGACUGUUGGUGUCAGACCUCUCUCAGGCUGGGGUCAUCUCCCUUCAUACCAGGUCCCGCCUCGAGUCCCGCGGCGCGAUACCGGGCGACGGCGGCGGCGGCGGCGGUGGCGGCGCUGCCGCUCUGGCUCCGGCACCCACAGCAACGACUCGGGCGUGGCGCUGCUGCUGGAGCGCGCCCACCAGGCCUUCACGGCGGACCACACGCCUCGCCCACGCCCACCAACCAGCGGGCGUCGGAUCAGGACUCCCUCCCGGACCAACCCUCUCUGCUGGUCCCUCCUUCGGUCUACGAUUACGUGGCUGGUCUUCGGUCUCACGGUCUGCACGCCGCCCCCUCACACCCCGCCACGCCACAGACCGACGCGGCUAACAACAGACAGAGCGUGGUCGCGGCCGUGGGCGGCGACAGCGAGGACCUGGGUCUCGUCUACGACUCGGACUCGUCCCUGACCAUCGCGGCAACAAGACAUCAGCCUCAGCGCCUCCCUCAGCCAGCAGUGCGGCCUCGAGCUCCGGACGGCGCACACGGGGCCCCCGACGCACCACCACCACGGCCACGCGGGCGCCGCCGACCACGAGCACCACCACCACCACCACCGCCUCCGCCAGGCGAGCCACGACAGGAGCCACCUGCGCUCGGACUCCGACGGCUCCGAUCAGUCGCGCGACGCCAAGCACAGGCAACCGGCGGGGCGUCGCAUGACCGGGAGCGGGAGAGCAGCAGUGACCCCUACGGUGUGGUGGGGUCCCGCGGCCGCUCCUCCUUCGCAGACAGUCGGGACCCUCGCGAAAGCCAGCGGUACAGGGUGGCUCGGGAGCUCCUCGACACGGAGAAGAAGUACUGCAAGACCCUGUGGACCAUUCAGGACACGUUUGCUGAACCCCUGAAGAAGGCGGGGAUUCUGUCUCACAAGGAUAUCACCACUCUGUUCCCGGAAGAGGUGUACCAGCUGUACGACAAGCACUGCCUUCUGCAACACCAGCUGCGGGAGCGCCUGGCCUCGUGGAAGUGGCAGCCGUUGGUCGGGGACGUCGUGGCCCGCUUCACCGACCCGAGGCACACCGACGUCCUCCGUCUCUACACCGCCUACGUCAACGACUUCCCGGAGGUCCUCAAGACGUUCCACAAGCUGUGUCGCACGUCGCAGCCCUUCACCAAGUUCAUUAAGUCCUGUCUGGAGCAGCCGGCCUGCGGCGGCCUGGACCUGGGCGCCUUCCUGCUGACGCCCGUGCAGCGCGUCCCCCGGUACAUCCUCCUGAUGAAGCAGCUCCUGAAGUACACGGAGCCGCAGCACCCGGACUACCAGCACCUGCACGCCUGCCUGGAGCGCCUGAGGGACUUCCUGGCGCGCCUCAACGACUCCAUGGAGCACUCCUUCCAGCUGGUACACGCCCAGCUGUCCCCCCACGGCACCGUCCCCGGGCCCGCGCACCACCACCCCCCUCCCCCGCAACCCCCCACGUCGCUUCACAGGCCGGGCCGCUCGCCUCGACGCUCCAGCUCGUCCAUAGGCAGCCCGCCCGUGAGCCCCGGGUCGCCCGCCUACAGCCCGGACCGGGUGAGUCUGGGCUGCAGUCCCCACAGGUCGCCGGAGGACCGACGCCGCUCUCCGGGGAGUUCGACGAGCCUCGCCACCCCGCAGCGGUCCCACAGCAUCGCCACGCAGCCCUCCUGCCGCCCGCGCUCGGUGUUCCUCGACAACAGGUCUUCGUCGCUGCCUCGAGGCUCCGCCAGCUCCAGCAGCGGGUCGCGGGGCAGCGCCGCCUCGCCCAGCUCGGACGCGCCCCGCACGAGGUCCCGGAGCGAGAGCGUGGCUUCGCGGCGCCCGCUGCCUUCCACACACACCCACACACCCCUGCAGUCUCUAGUCACCCAGGAAGGGCCUCGCCCGCUGGCGCCCGCGCACUCCGUGGUGGACGUGACGGCGUCGCUUAGCCCGUCCCGCGACGCCCGCUGGGAGGAGCUGGCCGCCAGCGAGCCCUCCCUCCUGGACCCCCGGCCCUCGCAGGAGGCGUCCAGGGCCCCCGCUAACUCGUCGCUGUCCGCUGCACACAGCGUGGCCAGCGUGGACGGGCAGCAGAAGGUCAGCACGCCCGUGUGGACAGAGUCGUCCCACUCGGAUGACCCGCGGAGCAAGAAAAAGUCGUCUAUCCGCACGUCCCUCAAGAACAUGUUCACCUUCAAGAAGAGCCGGGUGUCUCGAGCCUUUCACCACCACCACCACCACCACCACAGCUACCACCACCACCACCUGCAGCCUCUCAGGGGGGCCUCCCGUGGGCGUGAUGAGGGCGGAGAAUACUGGGAAGCCCCGCCCAUAGACGCGUCCCCAAGUGCCACCCAGUCGCCCACGCUCACGGUCGUUUCCGUCGCCCAGCCCACGACCCUCACCGUUGUGCCUGCGUCCGCCCCGCCGCCCACGCUCGCCAUGGUGGGCGACUUUGUGGACGAAGACGGCAACCCUUGCUCUAACGUGUGAUUCUUCGGAGUGUGGGCGGGCUGAUCAGAAGUGUGUUGUAAUACACACAUUGUGUGUAUGUAUAUGUAUAUAUAUAUAUAUGUAUAUGUAUAUAUAGAUAGAUAAAUAUAUAUGUAUGUAUGUCUAUAUAUAUAGAUAUAUAUGUAUAUAUAUGUGAUGUAUAGGUUCAUACACACACAUGUAAUAUUUAUGUAUAUGGACUUGAUAGCCCUUUAACCCUGUUUCUCGUGUACAUUGAUCUGUAUGGAAAAGAACUAAACACGUGUAAUUACUAUAGUAUAUAAGCAGAAGAUACUUUAGACAUUACAGUUAUAAGUGAGCAAAAGACUGAUAAAUACAUUUUUAACGGAAACAAAGGAUAAAAACAUUCACACAGGUGCAGAAAAAAAAAUAUUUUUAUCAGCAAGUGACUGAUGACUAUUAGGGGAAAAAAAUCUGAGAAAUAGAACAAUUGAAGAACGUUAUGAGUUGUAUGAGUGAGCGAUUUCAAGAACAGUGAGUGUUAUAUUGUGAGGAAGUUGCUGUAAUUUCGAAGGACGAUUUUCUAUUUAUAUUUACAGAGGGGAGUUACUCCUCGCCAUAUUGACUUUUUCUAUAUCUUGUGAAAAAAAGAUAUUGACAAGAAGUGAAAGAAAAAAUCAGGAAGCAAUAUAUGUAUGGAAAAAAAUGAUAAUUUAUAUAAAUGAAGUCUUCUAAACUCAUCCACAUAUAAAUUAUUUUUACAUCUUAAAAUAGAAAUCAAGAAAUUAAGACGAAAAUGCAAUAAGAAGAGAGAAAUGUAACACGAAAAUAAAUACAUCACAGACAGUACCUGGUCGACAUAUACUAUUCUCACCCUAGAACAGGUUAUAUUUCCGUCCUUUAUAUAUAUAAAAAAAAAACACUGUAUCAUAUCAUCAUAUAUUUUGUAUCACGUAGAGUUAAGUGUGAGUCCAGUGCCUGUCGAAAAAAAACUUUUUUUUUUUUUAUUAGUUUGUUUAUUUUUUAUAUGGUGUUGCUGCCUUCAUUAUAAUGCUAUGCUUCAAUACUGUAAGUGGUUUAGCGUGAGGGAAGUUAUUUUUUUCUUUUAGAUGGUAUGUUUAUGUAGAAUUGGGCAUGAGCAUACACAUGCACAUAGGCAUACGCAUAUAUAUAUAAGGACACACACACACACACACACACACACACACACACACACACACACACACACACACACACAC